AUUUUUAUAGGUUAUGUUUAGAUUUUUUAGCAUUUUUAUGAUUUAGCACGUUUAUUAAAUAUUCCGCGUAUUAAUUUAAACUUAAACUAUGUCUACUAAGGAUUUCGAAGUGGAAUAUGUAUCGACAAACUGUAAUCAAACCCCUGAAGCGGCAGAUUGGGGUAAAAACAACUUAAUAUGUUACGCUGCUAGUGAUACGGUUAUUGUUUUUAAUCCAAAUGAUGGUUCAGGGGGUAGAGUUACUGACACUCUUAUUCAUACCAAACGGGUUAAUUCAGUGAAAUGGGUCUCAAAAUUUAAUUCUGCUGAUGAAAUUGAAACUGAAUUGGUGUCUGGUGUAGCUGAUGGUCAUGUCUAUCUCUGGACAUACAGUGAUAAGGAGAAAUGUUAUAGAGAGACUUCUUUUGAUUAUAAAUCGAACACAAAUAUUGUAGAUGCUAUUUAUAGGGAUAAUAAUAAAGAAAAUGUUUAUAUUGUUUCUGCUCAUAUGGAUAGCUGUGUAAGGAUUCAUCAUAGAGAGAAACUUGAAGGAAAUCUUGCCCUAUUACAUACAUUAAAUUUCGGAUAUCAUGUUUGUACAGCCAUGAGACUGGCUGUUAUACCCAAUACCAGAGAAUUAAUUCUUGCUCUGGCGUUGGACAACUCAAAAAUAAACAUUUAUAAAGAACAUAACAACGAAUUCGUAUUACAAUGUGUUAUAACUGGACAUGAUGACUGGGUGAGGGGUCUAGAUUUCACUGUCAAUAAAAACGAUUUAGUCCUUGCCUCAUCCUCACAAGAUGCCUUUAUAAGACUUUGGCGCAUAACACCGCACUCCCCAAAGGAAGCCGAAUACAUCCCUUUAAAAAUACAGACUAAAGACUCAUUGUACAGGAUAAAUUUGGAAUGCGUUUUAACGGGACACGAAGGCUGGAUUUACUCGGUAAGAUGGAGCCCAAACGGGCUGCAACUCCUCUCGGCCUCCAUCGACAAGACCAUGAUUCUGUGGGAGUUCGAUCCCGCGACGAACCUUUGGCUCGACAAAGUGAGGUUGGGCGAGGUCGGGGGAAACACCCUGGGUUUUUACGGCGGGUUUUUCUCGCCAGACGGCGCCACCAUACUGGCGUACAGUUACCACGGCGCUUUCCACAUGUGGAGGUUGAAUGGGGACACCAGCUGGGAGCCCAUGGUUACAGUUGGGGGGCAUUUCGAUGAGGUUGUUGAUUUAAGUUGGGACCCCAAAGGAGAGUUUAUUGUUACUGCUUCUAGCGAUCAGACCACUAGAAUUCAUGCGCCUUGGUCGAAAGAUGGAAAGAAGGUGACAUGGCACGAAAUAGCAAGACCCCAAGUGCAUGGACACAACCUAUUUUGUUUAUCAAUGUUAUCCAGGUAUAAAUUCGCUUCGGGAGCGGAGGAAAAAGUGGUUAGAAUUUUCGAAGCACCUCGUAACUUUAUCGAGAAUUUCCGAAGGAUUUGUAAAAUUACCGAUGACAAGGAAGGAGAUGAUCUACUGAAUUCUGGACUAUUGGAGGCUAAAGGUGCUUCAGUGCCUUCGUUGGGGCUCUCAAAUAAGGCCGUUUUCACUGAUGAUAAUACAGAAGAGGCCACACCAGAUAGUAAAAAUCCCUAUGAAUCUGAAUCGCAUUUUACAGCCACAGAGUUACACAAUCCACCUACUGAGGAAACUCUGUUAGAAAACACCUUAUGGCCUGAAGUCCAGAAACUAUAUGGACAUGGAUAUGAAGUCUAUUCUUUAGCUUCCUCCCCUGAUGGACAACUAUUGGCUUCCUCUUGCAAGUCCACAUCUCAAGAACAUGCAGCAAUAAUAAUCUGGAAUUCCUCCAACUGGAAAAUGGUGCAAAAACUGAUAUCUCACAACUUGACAGUGGUACAAAUGGAAUUUUCACCGGAUUCAAAGUAUUUAUUGUCCGUUUCAAGAGACAGGAGGUGGAGUUUAUUCGAUAGAACUCAAAACGGCGAGUUUGAAUUAAUUUCAACGACAGAUAAAAAACUCGGUGUCCACGCUAGAAUUAUAUGGGCAUGCAGUUGGAGCCACGAUUCCCAAUAUUUCGCCACUGGAUCCAGGGAUAACAAAGUCGUUGUUUGGACUAUAAACAAAAAUAAGGAAAAAGUUAAUUGCCUUGGGCAAUGCCAAGCAGUUCAUGUUAUUAAACCAAUGAAAGAUGGUUCUGUAACUGCCUUAGCUUUUGCACCUACUUUUGUUGAGGGAGAAUACUUAUUGGCUGUGGGUUUGGAAAGAGGGUGCAUUAUUUUAUACAGAUUGAAGGAGAAUUGCCAAAAAGCCUUGGAUAUUCUUUACCAUUUUGGUCAUUCUUUGACAGUAAAAAAAUUAAAAUUCAGACCGGUUUGUGGAAAAACCGGUGAGAAAGGAAAUGAUAAAAAUGUUCUACAACUGGCCAGUUGUAGUUCUAAUAAUCAAGUGAAGGUUUUCAAUAUAUUUUUAGAUAAGCUUAAAAAUGUGGAAUUGGCCAAUGAAGAAUAUGAAAGAAUUGUAAAUAAAUAAAUAAAAAUA